AGAAGUGUGAGUAUUGAGUGUCUAGAGGGCAGUUUUUCAUGGCUCUCCGCGGAUCGUGCGUGGUUGUUGAUUAGACGUUUAGUUUUUUUGUUUGUUUUUAUGUUUAAUCUUAUUAUCAAACCAUGUUAUUUCGCGUGAAGUGCUUACUGUUAAGUGGGAUACUCAUUUCAAUAACAGGAGUUUUCAGUACCGUCCAAGCCAAAGGCGGGAAGGAUGAGUGGCCGGUGCCCCAUUUCGAGCCGCAGGUAGCGAUGCUCUGCGACUCGAAGAGCGAUCAGGGCUACCACAACCAGUACAUGACCGAGUCGGGCCACUGGGUCACCGACAAGACUCACAAAGUAUCCUGCUACAAAGAGAAGCUGGACCUCCUCGAAUACUGCAAGAAGGUCUACCCGAAACAUGAUAUUACAAAUAUCGUGGAGUCCAGUCACUUCGUAAAAAUUUCUAAUUGGUGCCGAGUUGGACACUCAAAAUGCAAACACACUGACUGGGUGAAACCAUACCGAUGUCUUGAGGGUCCGUUCCAGAGCGAUGCAUUGUUAGUCCCUGAGACGUGCUUGUUUGACCACAUUCACAACCAGUCUCGGUGUUGGGAGUUCGAUCGCUGGAAUCAGACAGCUUCGAAAUCUUGCCAAGACAGAGACCUCCAGCUACGCAGCUUUGCCAUGUUGUUGCCGUGUGGAAUUUCUCUCUUCUCUGGAGUUGAAUUCGUUUGCUGUCCAGCUAAAGGCACCAAAUCUCCUCUGAAGAAAAACCUGAUCCCUGACAAACUCAGCGCUGAACCGUUCGACAAUCUGGACGAUGAUGAUGAUGAUGACGACGAUGAUUCUGACGCAGAUGACGAUGAUGAUGAUGACGACGAUGACGAUGAUGACUACGACAGCUAUGAUGACACGAAGAGCUCAACCAAGUGGCAACCGAAGUGGUCCACUACUACCACUACGACAACAACAACCACUACAACGCCUAAACCCACCCCCAAGGUUGCCACACCGGAUCCGUACUACACACACUUUGAUCCGCAUGAUGAACACCGGUCCUACAAAGAAGCACAACAAAGGCUUGAGGAGCUGCAUCGUGAGAAGGUCACCAAGGUGAUGAAAGAUUGGUCUGACUUGGAAGAGAGAUAUCAAGAUAUGCGAUCAUCUGACCCAAGAAUGGCGGAGGAAUUCAAGCAGCGAAUGACACUACGAUUCCAGCAAACAGUGCAAAGCUUAGAGGAGGAAGGCAAUGCUGAGAAACAUCAAUUAGUUGCCAUGCAUCAACAGAGAGUUGCUGCCCACAUCAAUCAACGUAAGAAGGAAGCAAUGAACUGCUAUACUACUGCGCUCAACGACAACCCUCCAAGUACCCACCGUGUACAGAAAUGUUUGCAGAAGUUACUGCGGGCCCUGCACAAAGACAGGCAGCACACGAUUUCGCACUACCGACACCUCCUGUCCUCAAACGUAGAUCAAGCUGACAGAGAGAGGGGUCUUACCCUGGAGCAUUUAGUCGACAUCGAUCACAUGGUCAAUCAGUCCUUGCAUAUGUUGAACAGGUAUCCAUCCUUGUCUGCAAAGUUAUCGCAGCUAAUGUCCGAUUAUGUCCAAGCUCUGCGCAGUAAAGAUGACACUCCUGGUUCCAUGCUCUCAAUGACAAGGGACUCAGAAGCCGCUAUUCUAGACAAGUAUAAGGCAGAACACAUUGCUCAGCAACAAGACAAAGAGCGUGAGCAUCUAGUUGAGAAACAACGUAAAGAGGCUCACAAGAGAGAGCGCAUUGAGCUGAGGGAGGAGGCAGCUCGCGUUGAUGCGGCAGUCAGCGACAAAGAACAUUCCUUCGAAGCCACCAAAGAGGAUGUGACUCCAACUGCGGUGUCAUCAACAUCUGCUGUGGCUCACCUUCAUGUCGUCCAACACCAUGAGCCUCAACCAGUUGUUGCGCACACACUAGUUCAUGACCUUGGACACGAGUCUAGUUUCUCGGUACGGAGAGAAGCCUUUAUGCGAGAGACUAGAAGCGUAUAUUUAACAAUGGCUUUUGCGGGUGUAGUGCUUGUUGCUGCAAUCUUUGUUGGAGUUGCAGUUCUUCGUAAAAGAAGCGCUCGUUCUCCCCAAAAUCAGGGAUUUGUAGAGGUGAAUCAGGCCAUAACUCCUGAAGAGCGUCACGUUGCCAACAUGCAAAUUAAUGGUUACGAAAAUCCAACCUACAAAUACUUUGAAGUCAAAGAGUAAACCAUCUAAGAUGAGUCACAACCGGAAAGGAGAAUCACUAACGCCAAGCUCUGACCGGGCUUGUGGAACCACGUUUUUGCUGUAAUAUAUUUGUAAUAGAUGUUUUAAUUUUUAAUUGUACACUACACAGUUUAUAUACUUGACUUAACCGACAUCGGCAUCAGUGUUUUGUUAAAUGUCUGACUACACUAACCGUAUUCUCAGUUGUUCCAACAGUUGCUAAUAUCAGUCAGUCUUAUCUGUACAGAUGACUAUAGUUGUAAAGUUAUAUUUUGUUACUCAAGCCGUGAGUAGGGCAGAGUUGGCAAAUCUCACGUUUUGGGAAAGUGCGUAGUUGACUAUAGUUUUCUAGCACUCUUACUCAAUUUAAGAUUUUUUGAAAAAAAAAAUUUCUACUUACCUGAAGUUGAUUUUUGAAAUUUUGCUCAAAAAUUUGAAGUAAAAUUGGUCAGAAAGUCUUGAAUUGCAUGUAAGUGAAAUUUCACAACUCUGGUAGUGAUAUGUUUAAAAUUUUGAGUAUCUUUAUAUUCUGCUUCUGAAAUUUUUAUUUUUUUUAACCUCUCCGCAGUAUUAUUUUUAUCUAAGUUUUCUCAUCCUAGUUCCUUCUUAGUUUUGUCUAUACUCUCGAUUUACAUAAGAAACUUAAGAUCAAAAUUAUACUCGUCCAAAUAUUGCAUCAGCUAUUACCUCCCAGUAUUAUAUGCAGCUAGAAAUACUCUCGUGAUUUUACCUCCUCAGUUUUACUUUCUAGGCGUGUUUCUAUCCGUGUAAUCAUUAAUUCGGUUUUGAAAAUUUUGAAUAUUACUCUGAUGUGCUUAUUUUGAAGUAGGACACAUUCAAUGAAAUCAACGCAGAACAAAGAGAAUGGUACCCAAAAGUUGUGAUUGUAAACAGCUCCAUUUCUUCUUCAGUUCAAUUCGUUUGCUGUUGUACGCUGUUGUGAGUUGAAAUAGGCAACUGUACAUAAUUUGUAGAUAAGUUUGACAGAAAAUCAAAGUUUUUACUAUCUAACCUCUCCAUUCAGUCUCCAAAGUUAUCCAGUUUCAGCUCACUGCAUGAAAUUUUAAUCAAGCAUCAAUGCGCUUAUUGCAUUAUUUUAGACUUUUCAUUCUAACACUCUUAAAGUGUUAAAUCUUCAACAGAAGUUAUCAGUUCAGAGCAAAAUUUACAAAUUAGAAUUCAAAGUUUUUCCAGUGCAGAACUCUUAAAAACUUGAUUUACUAAUCUGGAAGUUAGUAAUUUACUUGCAAGUAAUUUUCAGCUCUCUGCAUGGUGUUAGACAGGCUUCAUUGCAUUUUUUUACCACCCUGAGAUAAUCUCUCAUCUAGCCGCCUCUCUGUUUUCAUGAACGCCACAAUUUUUACGAGCCAAUCAGUGAAGUUUUGUGAACUUAAAAGAGAUUUGGCUCAAAAGUUUUCAUAAUAUGAAUAUUUAAGAGGUCUAGAGUUGUAUCUAUAGUCAUUCCUUGAACAUCAAAGUCCUCUCAAUCAAUGGAACUCUCAUGGCUCAUGUAGGCCUGAAAAUUUAAAGAACGAUUUUUAAUGUAUAAUGAAUAUGAAUUCCCCUAGUAUAAGUGCAGGUGAAGUCUGGGUGAAACAUGAGCGGCGGUAAUGUCUUGCAUAAUUUCCUGUCUUGAGCUGUUUCAGUUGGCUUACACUGUCAUCCUGUCCUCAGUUUCAAGCAGUAUCCUUUCUGUAUUUUUUCAAUUUGGAUUUAGUUUUUAGUUAACUUUAUUUAAGGCUGAUUAAUCUAGCUAGUUGGUAUCAGUAAAGUGUAAUCUUUGUAUCUCAUUAACUUUGUACAAUUAUAUCCACAUCAGUCAUCCUUGCCAAUUUAUUGAAGUAGUCUUAGAAAAAAAAAAAUAUGAAAAGCAUCUUCUGGAAGCAUUACAAUUUACAUUGUAAUUAUGAAUGCAUAUGGCAAUAAAUCUUGGUAGAAAGUAAGAAUUUUCUAUGAAAAACUAAUUGAUGUCUGUCUGUAUACUUUUUUACCUGCCUGUAAAUUCUGUAUGCCCCGAGUCAAGCUUGUAACGAAUCAGUCAUCAUCUGGUUAAAUUUUUCAAAAAUAAAAAAAACUCAUGCAUGAACUAAAUUGAUCUCAUUUGCAUUUUAUGUUUUGAAAUUGUGUUUUUAGUUAUUUCAGCUUGCUUCUUUAAUCCCUGUGAUCUUUGACGUAUAAAUCCUCAACAUAUCAAAAACAAGUGCACGAAUCUUUGAUGCAUCAAUAAAACUAAGAAAAAAAGAACAAAAUGGGAACCAACUUACUUGUGGUCUCCCCAUCAGUUUCAUUAAUACACGUCUAUGCAUGUUAUUAUGAAUCGCAGCAGCUAAUAACCUUUAAGUGUUGCUACUUUUUAUUUUACAAAGCGUUUUUUCCGAACCCAACGUCAUGUGUCCAUUUCAAGUUGGCCAACACCUGACCAACCACCAUGCAGCUCAUAGCUUAACAGUUAAAGUGUCAUAUUAAUUUAUUUAUUGUUUUAUAUUUUUUAGUUAUUGUUAAGUGUAAAAUAACCUAGAGUGUUAGAUUUGGUGAAAAGACAUUCAUUUUCAGUCAUUUGUUCAGGAUUCAGUUUCUAAACACCUUGAUGUACUUAAAUCAAUCGAUGUCUCCUUAGUUGAGUGUUACUCUCAAUGUGUUACAUUAAUGUAUUUUAAGGCACUCAGCACUUCUUUUCUGUUUUGGUAUCAAAAUUUUUUUACGUUUUUAUCAAGUUAUCAAGCAGAAUUCAAAGGGAAUGUGAUCUGACUAGGCAGACAGAAUAUGAAUUAAAAUUCUCCCAUCAAAAUCCACAGUCAAUACUGAGGCUAUUUUUCAUCUGGUGUUUGAUUUUUUCUCCAGUAACUUUGUUUUAUUGUCUCCGAUGCUUUUUGUAUCCCCGUUCUGCGAAUUCAUUGUCGGGUAUGAUGUGCAAUCAUUUUCUUGUUUCUGUACUGCUUUUGUGGAGGAUUGUGCGCCAGGCGUGUGUUUUUAAGCAUGGUUUUUGGAUUCUGAUUUGAAUGAGUAUUUUUCGAUCGUAACAUAUAAGUUGAUUCAGUACACAACUUCAUAAUCGUACAUUGCAAUUAACUGCAUAUUCCCAGUAUUAGUUAGUUAUCGAUUCUACCUGCCCUUCAAUUAGUGCAUGAAAUGGCUGACAAGUUGAUAUUUUUUUUUGAAAAUAGCAACUAUGAUUAUGAAUACCUUAUUUGUCAUACAACAGCCCCACUAUUCCUUUUGAGAAGAUGUAGAAAAAUAACUUUUCUCAUUCUCAGCUUUGAGGUUUGUUAAGAAUGCGAGUGACAUCAUCAUCAAACUUUGCAAAUUCUCCCUGUGUAUUUUCUUCACUUAUUAUUUCAAAAGCGAAUUUAAAUAUUGAAUGUUGCAACUUGGCAGUUUAAAACCAGUAUAAUUUUUUAGCUUUAGAAAGUCCCCAAUAUUUUAAGACACCACAAGGAAUUCUUUUUAAUUUCAAGUGUCAUCAUCGUUGGACAUGAUGUAUUUUCUUUCAUCUCAGUUGCAUUGUUUCAUACAUAAUCAUGACAUCUCUCACUAAAUUUUGUUUAUUUUUAUGUCAUCUUCAAAUCAGAUUGCUGUAAUCAUUGUCAGAAUUUUCCUCACUUAAGGGCUGCCCUGUACUUGGCAAAUAAGGUACUACUAUUUUUAAGUUCCUAUUUUUGUGCCAGCCCUAUUUUCAAAAGGUUUUGAUGAAGGCUAUUCCUAAUCAUUUGAUUUCCGUUGUUCUAUCUCUUCUUGGAAUUUUGCAGGGUUAGAUUAUACAAAUAGCGGUUUCAAAAAUAGAAGGAUUUAUUUUUUCAACCUCUCAACUUUUUCUUACACUCAUUAGUAUUUUUCUAAUCCGAAACAUAUUUUAAUUGGUCCAGCAAUAAUCUCUACUUGGAGUUGUCCUUUGUUUUCUGCUUCAAGCUGACUAGUUUGAUUUAAUCUUGCAAUAGUAUUGCCUGCAGUUGGACAAAUUAAAAAUGUCUCCCAUUGUUUCUUCUGGAUUUAUGAGAAAUUACCCGACUCAUCUCUUAAGAUUCUCUCAAACUUUUGGAAAGAGCCUUUUUUAAGUCGCCCCUAGGAUUGUGAUCUAUUUUUGAAAGUACAAUUUUACAAGCUUUAGAGGAAAAAUUAGCAGAAAGCUGAAUUUUGCAGCUUUGUGUGUGAAGUCGGUUCUGAGUAGUGUUUUGUGGAUCCUUGGUAUGUUUCACUCCAUUCAAUUGACAUAUCAAUGAUUCAAGUCGGUGAAAUUUUUGAGUGUCUCUUGUAUUUUUUAUUCCCUCCCAUUUUUCCGCUGUUUUUUGUACAUAUUAGACUUAAAGCUUAGAGUUCAAUCAUUGACAAAUAAUCAGUGUGUUUCUCUCAUCUAAUAACUUUCCAAAUAACUUAACUAAAUAUUCUCGUGUGCAUCAACUAAUUGUAAUGUAUGAUUAAUGUACCAUUUACUACAGAAUAAAAUGAAAAAAAUUCUCCAA